AUGUCUUCCGACGAGCAGGUCGCCCAGUCAUGGUCUUGCGAGUACAACAGAAUCCGGCAAAUGUACGAGGAUGGACUCAUGGCAGGGUGUGUUGAAUCUACGCAAGACCUUCUCGACGACCCGGACCAGCCUCGAUACCACCGCAUCAAAACUCUUAUCCUCCUCGCCUACUCACUCGCAGAAUGGACCGACAUGCACAAUUGUAGCGAAGAAGCAGAACGUCUCUAUAUGGUCGCUAAAGAUUACUAUCCAGAGGUACUCGACGCUUUGAAGAAGCUUUUGCUGGAUGAGAUGCCGGGUGGUGGUGAUGAGGAGUGGGAGAAAGAGGAGGGGGAGGAAGGUGCAGAGGAAGGUGAAGAGACCCUCUUGGGUACUACGGAGGUUGAGAUAAAGCAAGAUCCGGAGGAGCCCGUGAAGACGAUGACGAAUGGUGUUGAAGGCGUCUCCAUCGCAGCCGGUGCUCCAGAGGGGCCUGACACCGCGGAGGGUGCCACUUCGGUUGCCGGAGAAGCGGCCAAGAUGCUCAAGACCACUGCGAGAGCUGCUGAGGGUGUCACUGGGGAGUAG